AUGGUUUCGGUGACUAGAGCCGUGUUCGGAGACCUGCCCUCAGGGGCAGGGACAGUGGAGAAGUUCCAGCUGCAGUCAGACCUGCUGAAAGUGGACAUCAUCUCCUGGGGCUGCACCAUUACGGCCCUGGAGGUCAAAGACAGGCAGGGCAGGGCGUCAGAUGUGGUGCUCGGCUUUGCAGAGUUGGAAGGGUACCUCCAAAAGCAGCCCUACUUUGGAGCAGUGGUUGGCAGGGUGGCCAACCGAAUUGCCAAAGGAACAUUCACGGUGGACGGGAAGGAGUAUAAGCUGGCCGUUAACAAUGGGCCCAACAGUCUGCAUGGAGGAGUCAGGGGCUUUGAUAAGGUCGUCUGGACCCCUCAGGUGCUGUCAAAUGGUGUCCAGUUCUCAAGGAUCAGUCCAGAUGGUGAGGAAGGUUACCCUGGAGAGUUGAAAGUCUGGGUGACAUACACACUGGAUGGUGGGGAGCUUAUGGUCAACUACCGAGCUCAGGCCAGUCAGACCACACCGGUCAAUCUGACCAACCAUUCUUAUUUCAACCUGGCAGGCCAGGGUUCCCCAAACAUCUAUGACCAUGAAGUCACUAUAGAAGCUGAUGCCUUUUUGCCGGUAGAUGAAACCCUGAUUCCUACAGGAGAAGUUGCUCCAGUACAAGGAACUGCCUUUGACCUGAGGAAGCCGGUGGAGCUUGGAAAACACCUGCAGGAGUUCCGUAUCCACGGCUUUGACCACAAUUUCUGUCUGAAGGGAUCUAAAGACAAGCACUUCUGUGCACGGGUCCAUCAUGCUAGAAGCGGGCGGGUUCUGGAAGUGUACACCACCCAGCCCGGGGUCCAGUUUUACACGGGCAACUUCCUGGAUGGCACGCUGAAGGGCAAGAGUGGAGCAGUCUAUCCCAAGCACUCCGGCUUCUGCCUGGAGACCCAGAGCUGGCCUGAUGCAGUCAAUCAGCCCCACUUCCCUCCUGUGCUGCUGAGGCCUGGUGAGGAGUAUGACCACACCACUUGGUUCAAGUUUUCUGUCGCUUAAGGAAGUGUAAAGACCCCCAGGGCCAGGCUGGGGGCCCUUCA